GGACAGGUGUCAAAAGCCAUGAAGAGACAACGGGACUCACAGCCCCGAGCCAACCAGAGGCAAAAAAGACGACGCUUCGCAUCCGCGUCACGUUCCGACGAGCGGCAUCACCGCGGGCGUGAGCAGCAGCAGCUGAUUCACAUCAACCAGCAGAUCAGUGCGUGCACGCGCAAGGGGAGACUCGGAGAGGCAUUCCAGGUACAGGCAGGCAGACAUGAGCAAAGACAGACAGACAGAUGAGUGAAUCCCGAGCGCGUGUCCUUGUAUGGCGUUGCAGCACUUCGCCCGGAUCAGUGAGCUCAACCUGAAGCCCACGGUAGGCAACACACACGCCGGACGGACACACACAAAAGCCACCCGCCACACGCAUGGGAGUGGAUGAAUGUGACAACUGAUGCGUGAAUGACGUCAUUCCUUUUGCCCUUUUCCUUCAGAUAGUGGCCUACUCGUCGCUCAUCAACUGCUGCGUUCGGUGCGGCGAGAUGCAGCGGGCGGCUCACUUGUACGAGCGCAUGCAGAAUCAGGACGGCAUUGCCCCGAACCUGAUUGUCUACACGACCAUGGUCAAGGGGUACAGCAACCAGGGAAACAUGGCAGAGGCAGAGAGACUCAUGGACGCCAUGACGGCCGCCGGCGUGCAGCCGAACAUCCGGACGCUCUCUGCUCUGAUGAGAGGCUACCUCAGGACAGGCCAGCUCGACAGAGCCCUCAAAAAUGCCAAGUAAGGUGGGCACGGCCAGGGGCCAGCAGACACACACGGACACAGACACACGGAUACUGCUGUCGAUCUGGGCUUCUCUCUGCGUGUAUCUCCAGGCAUUUGGUAGAGGCCCAAUCGGCAGGACUAAUCGAUGGACAGCUGGCCCCUGAGGAGCAUUCCGACAGCGGCGGCGGCGGCAUAGCGGCCUGCCAGUCGUCUCUCGCCGCUUUGGUGCAGCUGCUCGCGCAAGCUCACCUCAUGAGCGACGCAGAGGGCCUGGUGCAGCUGAUGGGCCGUCUGGUGGACAGCAGCAGGGCCACAGCAGAGGAGGGAGCCGUCAGCAUCCUCCUGGCCGAGACUUACCACAACAUCGCCGUCGCACAUGCGCUCUUCGGCGAGAGGAAACGGGCGAGAGACUGCAUCGGCAAGGCUCGAGCACUGUCCGGCUCUUCACCCACACCACGAUCAGCAGCGGCAGCGUCAGCUACCGCCAGCCAAGGCGGCGGUCAGCAGAGGAGUCAGCAGCUCUUCUUGAAGCAUCGUGGCAAGGAGCUGAGGAGAGACCUGGACCAUCUCGACAACAAGCUCACCACAGAGUCCGCCGUCACGGUCACACCAGACCAGCUCUUUUCCGCUUUCCGGCGCCUUGUCUGGACAGAGGGAAAUGACGACAGCACACAAGACAUAAUGGUGGCGGAAGAGCGCGGCACGCACUAUGGCCGUCGUCUGUCGUCCUUCGGUCUCACGGACUUCCUUCGCCGCCACACUCUUCGCGAGCUGAAAGGCACCGACACGUUGUCUGUGAGGGCGUCGGAGUUCUUUCGUGUGUAUGGCGGCCAGCUGAGCCGACGGCAGCACCGGUUCAGGUGGGGGAGGGUGUUCGGUGAGGGGGGCGGGCUGCCCGUGAAGGUCGAGGUGUGCAGUGGGGGCGGCGAAUGGGUCACUGCAAAGGUGGGCGUUCGAUCAGGAGAGAGAGAGAGAGAGAUGCCCAGUUGUUUGAUUGUUUGCUUCCCCCUUGUGUUGUGUGUUACAGGCGAGUUCUGAGGUCGGUGUGAGCAACUGGGUGGCCAUGGAACUCAGACACGACAGGUGCUACCAGGUAUGUAUGCCACACACGCCCACACGCACGCACAGCAAGCGAGCCGCCCGCCUGCCUCCAUCUAUGUGUGUGUGUGUGUCUCUGUCUGCAGAUGUUCAGCCGCGGCAGCCUGGCCGCCUUGCCCAAUCUGUGCAUCGUGGGGGGCGAUGCGCACGCCGCCAUGGUGCGGCACUUCUCUUCCGACAGUGUGGCCGAGGUGUGGGUGACCUUCCCGCAGCCGCCUCUGUGGUCAGGGGGGUCGGGCCACCUCCUCACAGGCGACUUCUUCAACCAAAUACGGCGGUGAGCGAGCUGAGCCAAAACAUCAGACACGCAAUACACCCACCCAAGUGUCUGUGUGUGUGUGCGUGUGUGUGUGUCAGGGUGCUGUGUGUUGGAGGAGUGGUGACGGUCGUGUCGGACAGUCUGCCCUACUGCCACACCAUCCACCAGCAGCUGAGCUCUGCCACACAGCUGGUCUCGACGCACCCACACGAGCCGUGUGUGCGCGGCUGGCCGGACGGCUAUGCGCCUCUGUCUGACACUGGAGAGGGGGCUGGAGAGGGAGAGGGAGAGGGAAGUGGCAGCAGCUAUUUCGAUCGCUUCUGGAGCGGCGGCAAGAGGACCAGCCGAUACUUUGUGCGAUGGAGGAAGGAAUAAUGUGGUGCGUGUGAGUGGUAUUGCCGACAUUGAGCAGCAGUCAGUUGAUGGGGGAUUGGUGGGAGGGGAGAGGGUCUCUAUGCACAUGUUGUUUGCACAGACAGACAGACAGACAUAAACCAUAGAGAAUGA